AAUCAUUUACAAUCUGGUCUGAGAGUCUGCGGCGAAUGUCCACUCUGCAUGCCUUCCACUGAUCAAUUAUCUCGAUAUCACCAUGCCAGCACAGUUACUGUCCUACUGGAACAUCAAGACACCCAUUGAUAAUGCAUGGCACCCCCAGAUCGGCCAAUGCCCGACCCCCUACACCAAAAACCUACCGCAAAUACUACAGCGCACAGAUCUCGAAGCUACACUUGUGGAUGCCGCGCCCUACAUUGCCGGGAUCGGCGCGCUUCGACACGCGUCCCAGGCUUUCGACUUCGGCUUCACCGUAUCAGCAAACAUAUUCAAGAACGCCAGGACUUUGAAUGCACUGCACGGAUCUACGCUCCUUUUCAUCCCAUUGGUCUUGUCUCUACAAGCUGCUGGCAUCGAAUACAGGAAUCUCAUCCCGCGGUGGAGCACUGUUCGAGAGCGUCAUAGGGACGAGGAAGAAGUCCGACGGCAUGUUGACGUGGGUGCGUAUCUGGGUGCUCUUACCUGGGCCGGACGAAUGAUCAUGAGGGUGGGGGUUCGGUACUGGGCGCCGAUAGAUGUCGUCCUGGGUGGCGCGGUGGCUGAUAUGCUGCACCGGGAGUACAUGCGGACGCACGACUUUUGAUACAUCGACAGGAAACACACUCCCAUCGCAGAGAGAAAUAGGAGUUGGGUUAGGACAAUUGCAUCGCCAGUAAAAUACAAGUGCUGAUAAUGUCAACGCCACAAAACUUGUUCGGCUGAGGGAACAACAGGGUUCAAAAGCAUGACAAGGCGCAGAAAGUCGGCUUGGAAAUGUGGCUGCGGCAACAGCGUCGAAGAAUUUGAGAUGGUAGGCUGGCGAAGCCGCAGAGAAGCGACCGAACACGAAAAGAGCGUAGUGGCU